AUGCCUUCCAUCAGUCUUUACCUUUUUCUCGCUCAUACCUUGAACACGAGCCUCACAGCCAACCCAGUCCCCAUCACCAACCACACCUCCCACCCCGACAUCUCCCCACGAUCCUACUUCACCCCCGUUCGCGAACCCGAAAUGCACCCAGUCCAAUGCCACGACGAAGCCGACUUCCGCGGGCACGCCGACAUCGAACCCAAAUUGUUCUUCGAAGGCGUCUACAAUUUCGGCGUCUACAAGUUCUGCCAACAGCGCUACGCCACGACGCAGGUCCUCGACGCGACCGACGACCCGUCGAACCCCGCCUACCACGACGGCGACGGCCGCCUGGCCCGCAACGCGAGCUGGCGCUACCGGGACUGGCACGGCGUCAACCACGACUUUAGAGUUUGGUGGGAGGCGGGCUGCAGGGUCACCGUCGGGAAACAGAGCGUGCGGCGCCCGUUGGGGGAGGAGGGGGGUCCCGUGUGGACGCCGGGGUGUUAUGAGAUCAUUGGGUCUACGCAUUAUGAGUGUAAAGGCAACGGCGGUGUCGGUGGAAGGAAGAAAGUCGGUUGUCUCAUUUACGAGUAUAAAGGGGGAAAGGGAGAUAACGACGAUCCAGCGUCUUGAUGAAGAGUCGAACUUCAUGUUGCAGAACGAAGGCCACGACGGGGCAUGCGAUCUUCCAAAGAUGGCUGAGUCUUACGGACUCUUGUGGAGAGAUUAUCUGCGAGAUAAGGAUAUAGUUGACAGC